AUGCCUCAGGAAAAGUUCAAUCUACAGAGAGUACAAAGCAGCUUUGAGCUGUCUUCAGCUGGUAACGACGAUGUUUUCAUCGAUCCUUAUUUGGAAGCUUUCAAAGAACUCAACAAAUUUUUAUCCAUGAUGGGCACCGUGUUUGGAUUCAUCGUCAAUGACAUAAAAGUGAAAGUACAGAUUUUGGAGAAAUUGCGUAAGCAACAAGACCAUGGCGAUCAAUUUGAAACCGUGCAGAAAAUGAUGGACUACGAACUAAAUAGUGGUCUACUUAACAGGAGCGAUUACAUCUCGGGUUGUCGAACGUUUCUACGACUUCACAGGGGAUUAAACUUCAUUCGCGUAUUUCUCACACGAUUAUGUGAGCUGGAAACAGCGGACGAAAGUACUUGUCCUAUUUGCCAAGCAUCCUAUAAUGAAACACUAGCUGAGUUCCAGCCAUGGUUGAUCCGGAAAGGUGCUCUAAUGGCAAUGUAUACGCUGCCCAAUCGUGAUCAGCUGUUGGAAAAGAUUAGUGAAGAUGCAAGUACGGCAUCCAGACACCUGCCGGAAAUGUUAAGAGCUGGCCACCAAGUGUACGACAAAACGCAAGCACUAUACUAUAAAUAUGACCUGCUUAGACUGCCUUAACGAAGAA